UCGAAUCCGGACAAGCAAUUGCCAAAGUUGAAUACACAAAAACAAAGCUAAGGCGAAGAAGGAAAGCAAUGGUGACGAAGGAAGUUAUCUUCCUACUUGUAAUUCUUACUGCAGCAGCAGUAGGUUUCUUAUGGCCCUCGAAGGUCUGCUAUGAAAAAUACGGCUGCUUCUACAAACAUCCUGGAGUUCAUUGGGGUUUAAUUACGCUCAGGCCAAAAUUACCACAAAGCCCAUAUGAUGUUGGCACGAAAUUCACCAUGUUCACAAGAAGUGGGUCUGGGGAAGUUAAUGAUUUUGAUAGGGAUUUACUGAGGGCGGCUAAGUUUAACAUUUCGCGACGAACUAUCAUCUUGAUUCAUGGCUGGCAGGGUAAUCCAAAAAAGUGGCCAUUAGAAAUGAAAGACGCACUUUUACAGCGAGAGGACUGUAAUGUGGUUGUGGUGGACUGGUUUAAAGGAGCAAAGAAAGGUUAUUUCCAAUCUGCAGGAAAUACUCGACUUGUGGGGGCUAUGGUGGGGGAGCUUAUAAAGUUCCUGAUUUCCAGUGUUGAUGGGUCACCUGAAUUGGCCGAGCGGUUUUAUGUUGUAGGAGUUAGCCUUGGUGCUCAGACGGCAGGAUAUGCUGGAAAUUAUCUGAAGGAGAAAGGCAUCAAGCUCGGGCGUAUUACAGGAUUGGAUCCAGCGGGACCCCUUUUCACCAAAGUCGACGACAUUCGCUUCCGAUUAGAUCCAGGUGAUGCUGGAUACGUUGACGUCAUACACACCGACAUGCCACUGCGUGGCAGUAUUUUCGGUCUCGGGAUGCGCAGAGAUGCUGGCCACACUGACUUUUUUCUUAAUGGCGGCGUCAGGCAGCCUGGCUGUAAAAAACAUGAAAUAGACUUCGAUAUAUUCAAGACAACGCUCUGUGACCAUGCGAGGUCUGUGAAAUACUACUAUGCCUCAGUACAGAAUCUAUGCUCCUGGAAAGCAUAUCCAUGCCAGAGCUUAAACGACUGUGAGAAUGGAAAGACAACGGCAUGCAUUGGCGAGUGCCCCUCUAUGGGAUAUGGUGCCGACCAAACGAAAAAAGUUGGAAGAUUUUAUCUGAGAACAAACAGCAAAGCUCCUUUUUGCGGUUUGCCCAGAAGUUCCAGAGUGGAAAUUCACCAUGUCAAGUUUAAGGAUUGAUCAAUGAUUAAAUUUCCUUUCUUCGUGAA